AGGUUAAAGAGAGGUUGCUAUGCCAACAGAGCUUGGCUCUGAGUCACAGGUGAAGAAGGCAGCCGAAGAGUCCUCCUGGCAGAAGGGGGCAGCAACAGGCAUGCAGGACUCGGCUUUAGACGCGAAGAUGGCCAAACAGGACCAGGACUCCAAACUGAUCGACGACCACAGGGAAAUAGACGACGUGUCAGAAAAGACCACCCCAAACAAGACCCCCAAGUCCCCCCAGAAGACUUCCAAACGGCCAAAGACUGUUCCCUUCAAGGUCACCCUACUGGACACCUCUGACUAUGAGGCAGGGAUUGAGGUAAGCAUGGAUAAAGGGAAGAAUUUCAUCCCUGAACAGAACCAUGUUGGAGGUUACGUCCAGAACGGGUUUGAAUGA